AUGGAAGCAAGUUCUUCAGACAGCGAAAAUGAAGAAAUGGAAGAAGGGAGCAAUGAUGAUACCCAGCCAAAGAUUUAUCUGCCAAGUCAGCCGCUAAAAGACGAUGAACAUCUUGUUUGUGACCAAUCUGCGUAUGUUAUGCUACAUCAAGCGCAGACUGGAGCACCUUGUCUUAGUUUUGAUAUGGUUAUAGAUAACUUGGGCAAUGAUAGAAAUGAAUUUCCCAUGUCUUCUUAUUUAGUCGCUGGUACUCAGGCAUCUAGUGCGCAUCUUAAUCAUAUCCUUGUCAUAAAGAUGUCAAACUUAUAUCCUACAUUAAAACCUGAAGAUGAACAGGAUUCUGAAGGUGAAGAUGAUGAUGAGGAGGAAGAGGAAGAGGAAGAUGAAGAAAAAAAGCCAAAUAUGACUUUUUCAUUUAUAAAACAUCAGGGAUGUGUUAAUAGAAUACGGACAACUCAUUUCAAAAAUUCAGUCUUAGCUGCAAGUUGGUCAGAGCUUGGUAUUGUGGAUAUCUGGAAUAUAACACAACAGCUACAAGCUGUAGAUGAUCCCGCUUUACUAGAAAGGUACAACCUUGAUACAGUAACAAACCCAGUUAAACCACUUUACUCUUUCAAUGGACACCAGCAAGAAGGAUUUGGUAUUGAUUGGUGCCCAACAGAACCAGGUGUACUAGCAACGGGUGAUUGCAGACGAGAUAUACAUAUUUGGAAGUCUAAUGAAGGGGGUACAUGGACUGUAGAUCAACGCCCUCUUGUGGGUCACACCAGCUCAGUUGAAGAUAUACAAUGGUCGCCAAAUGAAAGAAAUGUUUUGGCCUCCUGUUCAGUUGAUAAAACCAUAAGAAUAUGGGAUACCCGUGCAGCUCCACAUAAGGCUUGUAUGUUGACAGCGGAAAAUGCUCACCAAAGUGACAUCAAUGUCAUUUCUUGGAAUAGCAAAGAGCCCUUCAUUGCAAGUGGUGGUGAUGAUGGUUUCCUUCAUAUCUGGGAUUUAAGAAAUUUUACAAGUAACUCUCCUGUUGGUACUUUUAAGCAUCAUACUGCACCUAUAACAUCGGUAGAGUGGCACUGGACAGAACCUAGUGUCUUAGCAUCCGCUGGAGAAGACAAUCAAGUUGCUUUAUGGGACCUAGCAGUUGAAAGGGACGAUAAUGAUGUUGUAGAUGAAGAACUUAAGAACCUGCCCCCACAAUUAUUAUUUAUUCACCAAGGACAGACAGAUAUUAAGGAACUCCACUGGCAUAAACAAAUUCCAGGUGUAAUUGUUACAACAGCUCACACAGGAUUCAAUAUUUUCAAAACUAUAAGUGUA